AUGACGGAUGUUAAAGAGAUAAGAUUGCAUAUAGGUAAUAUAUCACCUAAACUUAAAGAAUCACCUGAAUCAUUAACUUCAAGAAUUGAAAAAUUUGGUGAAAUAAUUAAAUCAUUAGAAUUUCAUACCAAACCAUUACAAUUACAUUAUUUUGCAUAUAUCACAAUAUCUAUAAAUGAUUCAAAUUUAGAAAAAUUGAAGAAAUCACUUAAUGGAGUAUUAUUCAUGGGUAUGAAGUUAUCAAUUAAUAUUGCUAAACCUUCAUAUCUUGAAAGAUUUAAUAAAUCAUCUGAAUCAAAAGGAAGUACUAAAAAACAAGAAGAACAAUUACGUCGUGAUAAAAUUGUUAAAUCAAGAUUAGAAAAAAUCAAAGAAUAUAAAACUAAUUAUCCUACUAAUAAUAUCACUUCAAGCAUUGUUAUAUCAUCAAUGAAUCCAUCAACUUAUUCAGUUUCUGAACAUACUUUUAAAAAUAUAUCAGGAAAUACUAAAAAUCAACCACCUGCAAAAAGAUUAGAUGGAAAUAAAUCUUAUGGUGCAUUAACAAAUCCUAAGAAAUUACAUAAUCAAUUUAAAUUAAGAUCAGGUAAAGGGAUGGUAAUUAGAGGUACUUUAAGAAAAAGUCCAAGACUGGGAUUAGCUUUAAAACAACAAACUUUAAGAAUUUUAAUUAAUGGAGAAUUGAAAACUUUUAAAUGUUUUAAAACUAAAUUAUGGGGUAUUGAAAAAAAUAAAACUGUUAGAGAUUUAACUUGGAAUUAUGUUAAUGGAGAAUGGAGAUCUGGUGAUGAUCAUGUUAUUGAACGUUGUGGUAUUAAUGGAACUCAAGCAAGAAAUUACGGUAAUGAUAUUCAUGUAGAAGAUCAUGAAGAAAAAGAAGAACAAGAAGAUGUUGAAAAGCUUGUUGAAAUUGAUGGAUUUAAAGAAACUGAUAAGAAUAAAUCUAUUUUAGCUUCAAUGUUUAGUAAUUUUGAUUUUGAUAAACCUGUUGAAAUAGAUACUAUUAAUGAAGAUGAUGAAAUAGAAGUUGAUUCAAAAGGUAGAAAGAAAGCUAAACAUUAUGAUUUUGAAAUCGAAGGUAAAAUCACCGAUGAUGAUGAUGAAGAAGAAGAAGAAGAAGAAGAGGAUAGAUCAGUUGAAAAAAUUGAUAUUGAAUCAGCAAAUCAAAUUAUUCAUAAUUUUACAAAAACUGAAAAACCAAUGAAAGAACAAUAUUAUGAUGAAGAUGAUGAAGGUAAUGAUAUUGAAAUGGAUGAAUUUACUGAAAAAUUUACUACUGAAGCAAUUAAAGAUAAAUAUGAUGAAGAACAUGAUCAACAAGAUUCUUCAGAAGAAGAAGAAUUCAUUCCAACAUUUGGAAGUUCAGAAAAACCAGUUGUUAAUGAUACAGAAACAUUGCGUUCAUUAUUCAAUCCUACCACCACGACAGCAACUACUGCCACCACUACUACAGAAACAACAUCAGGAUCAUUUAAACUUGGAUUGGAUGAAGAUGAUGAAGAUUUAGAUGAGAAUAAACAAAUUGAUUCAAUUAAACAAGAAGAAUUAUUUCAAAAAAUUCAAAAACAAAAACAAGAUGAAAUUAUUCUUGAAAAGAAACAAAAAUUUGGAUUAUUUUGGUGUCAUUUUGAUUCUCCUUUCUUAUCGACUCAAUCUCAAUUAAGUAAAUUAGGUAAUGAUAAAAUUAAAUUACCUGGUGAAGAUCAAGAUAUUAAAGAUAAAGGUGAAGAAGAUGAAGGAGAAGAAGAAUCGAAAUAUGAGAAAUGGUUCUGGAGUAUGAGAGGUGAGAUUUCAAGAGAAUGUAAACGUCGUAAACGUGAUGUUUUAAGAUCUUUAAGAAAGAAGAAUAAUCAUAUUAAACAUUAA